AUGGAGGCCCUGCAGGCUGGAGCAGAUAUCUCUAUGAUCGGUGUUGGCUUCUAUUCUGGCUGGGAAGGUUUUGAUGAUGAGCAGUAUGCUUGAGAAUCCUCAACUGGUGGCUCUUUCACAGUAAAGGUAGACCAUGGUGAACCCAUCGGACGCGGCACCAAGGUCAUCCUACGUUUGAAGGAGGACCAGACUGAGUAUCUGGAGGAGAAACAAGUGAAGGAAUUGGUUAAGAAACACUCUCAAUUCAUGGAAUACCCAAUCACCCUCUAUCUUGAGAAGGAGCGAGAGAAGGAGAUCAGCGAUGAUGAGGCUGAGAAGGAGGAAGAGAAGAAAGAUGAAGAGGAUGGAGAGGACAAACCCAAGAUAGAGGAUGUGGGAUCAGAUAAAGAAGAGGAGGGAAAAGACAAAAAGAAGAAAACAAAGAAAAUCAAAGAAAAAUACAUUGGAAAAAUCCAGGAGGAGCUGAACAAGACCAAACCCAUUUGGAAGUGUAACCCUGACGAUAUCAGCCAGGAGGAGUAUGGAGAGUUCUACAAGAGCCUGACAAAUGACUGGGAGGACCACUUGGCUUUUAAGCACUUCUCCAUAGAAGGCCAUCUAGAGUUCCGGGCCUUACUAUUCAUUCCCUGA